AACAACAGCGAUGAUGAUGACGAUUUCUCCGAUGAGAAAUGGAAUAAAAUUGAACAUGAACACUAUCGCAAACAGCAACAGCAUCAAAGAGCUAUGCAGGCAUUACGUUCCCGACGUCCAUUCACAGGAUCCCCAACAAUGGAUAAUUCCCCCAACAACAGCAACAAGAACAACAAAUAUUCAUCAUCCUCAGCAUCAUCAUCGGUACUUUCCAAAUCAACAGCAUCAGCAAAGCGUCCAGUUUUAAAUGAGGACGAUUCGGAUAACAUCUACUCACGUUAUUACGUGCCGGGUACCGUGACCCGCAAAAAGGAGGAAGAAUUGGGUUCACCCACAUCUGUAUUGGAGUCCAGGCGUCAAUAUGCUUUACAGCAAAGACAAAAUAAAGCUUUUGCCAGUGCCCAUCAUCGACGCAUUGUUAAGGAGGGCUCCUGUCGCAUACCACAACCACGCGUUGAACGUAUUCGCCGUGACUCUUGGAAAAUCUAUACACCACAUUGCACAAUUUUACAUCGAUGUGCAGAUGACACGGGCUGUUGUCCCACAGAACGUCAAACCUGUGCCCCAAAACGCACAAAGAAUGUGGAUUUAUACUUUUUUGUUAUAAGUCUUAAUGAAACCCAAGGCUCAAUAGAAAAACUCACAUUUGUCAAUCACACAGAGUGUCAUUGUGUGGACAAAUCGAAACAACGAUCAGCUCUAUAUGAAGCGGACGAACCAUCGUCGGAAAUUGCUUCAAAUCACAUACCCUAUCUGCGAAGAGCCACCAUACUAAAUUGCAAUUGUCCCAAUUUGUUUGAGAAAAUUCUGCAAGAAGAUGGUUUCUGUCGAUGCGACUGUUCGUCGGGUAAUAUGGGCUGUGAUUGGCUAAAACGCGGCAUGGAACACUUCUCCAUGAAUGAUAGAAAAUGCAUUCUGGAGGGUCGCUGCAAGCUGCCCACCUGUGAAUAUGGCACAUAUAUGAAAAAAGUGGGCCGCUGUCCGCGACGUGAAGAACGACAAGUCUCUAUGGACACAGUUGAUUGGUGAGCCUCAUAUUAAAGUUACACUUAAAUAGCAAAAGCUCAAACCUUUCGCUAUUAAUGAGCGUUCACACAAUAACAACAGAAAACGAAGAAUAACGAAACGCCAACAAAAUUCC